AUGCCUCAAGACGCCGACUCGGGGACGAUCCCUCUCAACAACCUUUCCGGUGUUGAUGAAUUUGGGCUGGAAGCUAAGGAGCUUUCUCUCAUCACCCGACUGGAGACAGAAGACGACUUGGACCUUCUGAUCUCGGAGCUUGAAGCAGAGGAUGGCCAAGAUAUCGAUCCCAACGUCCCGAUAAUCACCCCUGGUCCCGACUGUCCCAUGCCGGAAUGCAUCUUUUUAACAGUCCUUGAUACAGGACUCAACGAGGGAGAAGUCGAAGCUGCACGACACAAGCAUGGGUGGAACAGCCUGCAGGAAGAACGUCGGAGCAACGUCGUCAAGUUCCUUAUGCUUUUUGUCGGGCCAGUACAGUUUGUCAUGGAGGUUGCAGCGAUUCUGUCUGCCGGUCUGCAAGACUGGAUUGACUUGGGUGUCAUUUCGGGCCUGCUACUGCUCAACGCCGGGGUUGGAUUUGCUCAAGAAUACCAGGCUGGAAACAUUGUCGACAGCUUGAAGAAAACCCUUGCUCUCAAAGCCACUGUUCUUCGCAGUGGGGAAAAGAUGGACAUUCCUGUCCAGGAAGUUGUCCCCGGUGAUGUUGUGUUUCUUGAAGAGGGAGCAAUCGUUCCGGCUGAUGGAGUGCUUGCCGAUGAAGAUGCCCAGUUGCAGGUUGAUCAGUCCGCAAUUACCGGAGAGUCCCUUGCCGUGGCUAAAGUUUCAAAAGAUUCAUGCUUUGCAUCUUCCACCAUUAAACGUGGAGAGGCGCGCAUGAUUGUCACUUCUAUCGGUGAUAAGACGUUUGUUGGGAAGGCUGCAGCCCUGGUGAACAAAGAAUCAACUAGAAAAGGUCACUUCACCGUGGUUUUGGAUGGUAUAGCUAGGAUUCUCAUGGCCCUUGUGAGCUUUGCACUGCUCUUGGUGUGGAUCAGCUCGUACUACCGGUCGAAUAGGAUUCGACUGAUCCUAGAAUUCACACUCGCCCUUACGGUUGUUGGUGUUCCAGUUGGUCUUCCUGCAGUUGUGACCACCACUAUGGCCGUUGGUGCAUCUGAGCUUGCCCGAAAAUCGUGUAUUGUGCAAAAGCUCUCCGCCAUAGAGUCUCUGGCCGGUGCAGAGAUUCUCUGUUCAGACAAGACCGGCACUCUCACUCGCAACAAAUUGGCUUUGGGUGACCCGUUCACACUCCCAGGGGUUACAGUCAAUGAUUUAAUGCUUACUGCUUGCUUGGCCGCAAGUCGGAAGAAGAAAGGAUUGGACGCCAUUGAUCGUGUCUUUAUCAAAAGUCUUAGGCGUUAUCCCGGUGUUAAGGCGCAAAUGGCGUUGCACAAGACCGUCGAUUUCUAUCCUUUCGAUCCGGUUUCAAAGAAAGUCACAGCUGUCGUGCUUAAUUCCAAUGAGGCGAAAAUCACAUGUAUGAAAGGGGCUCCCUUGUCGGUUCUGCGGACUAUUCAGGAUGAUCAGCAUAUUUCCGAGUCGGUUCAAAAUUUAUAUGAGGAAAAGGUAGCUGAAUUCGCCAGCCGUGGAUUCCGGGCCCUUGGGGUUGCUCGGAAGAAUGACAAUGAGGAAUGGCGGAUCCUUGGGAUUGUGCCCUGCUUGGACCCUCCUCGUCAUGAUACCAAGGAGACUAUACAAGAAGCACAGAGGCUUGGCCUUCGUGUGAAGAUGCUUACCGGAGAUGCCGUAGGUAUCGCCAAAGAGACAGCUCGUUCACUUGGAUUAGGCACGCAUAUUUACAAUGCAGAGCGUCUUGGUGUGACUGGAGCUGGUGAUAUGCCUGGUUCUGAGAUAAAUGACUUCGUAGUAGCUGCUGAUGGCUUCGCCGAGGUGUUUCCCGAGCACAAGUAUAAAGUUGUGGAGAUUUUGCAGCAGCGUGGUCACUUAGUUGCGAUGACGGGGGAUGGGGUUAAUGACGCACCCUCGCUCAAAAAAGCAGACACAGGAAUCGCGGUUCAGGGUGCUUCAGACGCAGCCCGCUCUGCUUCUGAUAUUGUCUUCCUCGAACCUGGACUCUCGGCAAUCAUCGACGCAAUCAAGUGUUCUCGUCAAAUCUUCCACAGGAUGUACUCCUACGUUAUCUACCGUAUCGCACUGUCUUUGCAUCUUGAGUUCUUCCUUGGUCUGUGGAUUAUCAUCUUGGAUCAAACUCUUGACCUGCGCCUGGUUGUCUUAAUUGCCAUCUUUGCCGACAUCGCUACCCUUUCCAUCGCUUACGACCACGCGCCCUAUGCUCAGGCUCCUGUCAAGUGGAACCUUCACAAGCUUUGGGGAAUCUCUGUUAUCCUCGGGAUCGUCCUCGCCGCGGGUUCAUGGAUUGCCUUGGGCUCCAUGCUACUGCGAGGUGAGAUGGGGGGUAUUGUGGAAGGCUAUGGUGCCCGCGACUCAGUCCUGUUUCUGGAGAUUGUAUUGACUCAAAAUUGGCUUAUCUUCAUUACUCGUAUGAACACUUGUGACAAUGGUCCUUUCUGGAAAAAUCCACCAUCCUGCGCACUCUGCGUGGCGGUCUUGGUCGUUGAUAUUGCAGCUACCUUUAUGUGUGCCUUCGGCGCCUUUUCCGACCACUUUACGUCACCUGGAACUAUUGUCAGGGUCUUUGUUUUCUCCCUCGGUGUUUCCGGGGUCUGCGCCACAUUUUACGUUCUUCUUCAGCGCUCUGGGCGUUUCAACGACCUGAUGCAUGGCCGGCUCUUCCGCCGUCCCCGCGCUCAGCGAGAUUGGGAGGACUUUGUUGCAAACCUCAACCGUGUGUCGACUGAACAUGAGAACAUUGUCUGA